CAUUCAUUUCGAAUCAGACCGCGAAGCCGAGUGGACGUACGUGCGUGUGCCUCGUGGAGUAAAGUUAACCGUAAACAGAGGAAAGCUAAACGGUAAAGCUGAAUAGAGAAGUGUUUAAAUUCGUUAAAAUCAUAUUCAGAAAACUGUCGUGCGUGCAAGUGGAGCGAUUUGGCUUGUGCAUUUGUUUUUUUCCCACGGAAAGAGCGAAUAUCCAGAGUUCAAACACUUAAAACGGAGGUGCAUUGAUAUUUCGUACCUUUGGUACAGGAUUUUUCCACAGGAUUUGAUUGGGAAGAAGAACAGGACCGGAGUGUCCAGUUUUGUUGUCUGCUUUUAGCGCGCGCACUGCUCUUGUGCAUCCCCAACCGAUUGUGAUUGUGUGCGGAAAUAUUUUUACAUUGAGUGAAAUAAUUCUUCCUGUGGUUUACAAGUGCAAUUGUGCCUGUGUGUGUGUGUGUGUGUGUGUGUGCGUGUGUUCACGAUUUGUUAUUGUGAAGGUGUUAAUUAAGCGCAAGCUGGAAAAAACGUGCUCGGUCGAUGAGUUUCCCAGCAGAGUAAGAGUUUCGCCAUCGAAUUUGCAAGCGUGUUGGUGCAGCCAAGUGCAAAGUGAAACCCAAUACCAAGUGUGUGUGUUUGUUUGUGUGCUGAAAGGAAAAGCGGUUUGCGAAAAGAGUGAGAUUCAGAAUUGUGAGGUUCCGUAGCGUCGUGUUUAUCUUUUGCGGAUAGAAUUGUUUUAGGGGAGAUGUACUCUUAAACCGUAGCAGCGAGGCCAAAAAGGAUUAAUUCGAUCGAUCCGGCACGUCGAUAUACUGGAUGAGAAGAGCGGAAGUUCUAGAGUUUGAAGACAACAGACUGACUCCACACAAUUCUCAGCAUUUUUGGAUAUCCUUCUGAUGAACCAGUAUCUCUGAAGUGGAUUCUGCUCAGGAAUAGAAUAUCAGCUAGAAGUACACGAGCAGCGAAUUACCAACGUCCAAACGUCCAUUCAGCCUAUAAGCCCUCACUAUGGCAAACGUACGGUGGACCGUCAGCAGCACCGUGGUACUGUUCUGCCUGCUAGCACUGCUCCCUGCCCACACGGAAGCAUCCACCAGCAGCGUGUUCAAGGCGCUGGUCAUCGGUACCAACACGCAAGCCGUCACCUCCAGCACGCUGUCCUGGGAGAAGUUCAGCGAGGCCGAAACGCAUCUCCAGUUCGCGGUGCGAACGUUCGAGCCCGAGCCACACUCACGGGAGACGUCUGAAAGUGAGCAGCUUCAUCCGUUGAGCUAUGUGUGCCGGGUGGAAAUCGAAGGCAUCUUUACCGCCGGUCACACCGUGACGGAGGACACGGUGACGGUCUGCAUCGUGGCGGCUCAGCUGUCCGAGGUCGAGCGGCACCAUGCGUUCGAGGUCCUGAUCAACAUGGGCGGAGGAGGCAAGCUGAAGUGGCAACCGUGGAGUCGAUAUCAUGCCGGUAUCUUCGGCGGUGCCGUCAGCGCCGGAAUGGGCAAGUUCUCCGACUACUACGUUGCCCGUACGCGUGCGAGACAGGGCGAGGGACACCAUCAUCACGCCGGGCACGACGGCUAUGUGGUGGGCAAUUUCGACCCGAACGUGAAGCUGACCGGACGCAUUAAUGCACCGCUGCCCGGUUCCACCACGAGCACGGAACACGAGCACGGUGACAUCUUGGUCGAAAUCGAACCGGUUAAGUACGAGCUGCGCUCCAUCAAGCAGAACAAGCUGCGAACGAUCAUCAAGAAGAACACGACCGUGCUUGGUUCCACCAUCCUGUCCAACACGGACGAUCGGACGAGCCUGGCGGAAACGGUCAUCACGUACGACUACAUGAAGGAGAUCUACUGGGGCAAGCACGAGGGCGUCGUGCAGGGUCUGUUCACCAAGGUGUACGAUUCCCGCUCCCAGCAGACGUCCAACGUUACCUGGGGCAUCAAGAGCGCCACUCGUCAUGUGGAGACAAAGUCAGUCAACACAAUGCUGGAACCGGGAACGGCCAUCAACGUGACGCUGUUUGGCAACUACACCGAGAUGGAGGCACCGUACACAGCCAUGCUCAAGGCAUACUACGACGACAACAGCGACCCUGUCAGCAGAAAGAUAAACUCUAUCAUGGUGAGCCGUGAUAUGGAGGACGUCAAGAUGGAGUACAGCCCGGUGUACUGGAUCGAGAAUGGUACGCUGGUGCCGACGACGACCACCACCACGACGACGACCACCACGACGACCACCACGACGACCACGACCACCACCUCGACGACCGAGGCGACGACCAGCUUGCGCCCGGUACCGAUCAACAGCACGCCCGUCGAGGGAGGCACCAUGAUCGACGAGGACGGUAUGAGCAACGAGAUCGGGCACGCGCCGUCCACCAGCCGCGAUCUGGACGUGAGCCGGAGCAACGAAAAGCUGGAAGGAUCGCUCGACAACAUGUCCAGCCGCAGCCGGAGCCGGAGCCCGAACGGUGCCACCGGCAGCUUGAAGGCGGUGACCACGCUUAGCAUAUGGUUGGGAGCGGUCUCGCUUGUCCUGGCGUUGCGUCGCAAUUAAACCCUCCCCUACGGAACAUGUUGUCCCACAUCUCAAGCCAGGGACACAAUUUCAUCUCACCACCACCAUCCCACCACCCCAAAUACCCAAGUUCUUCUGUGCGCUGUAUGGUGGGCUUCUCUUUUUCCCCCAACCUUUUCGCUGGAAUUGGCUGGAAACUUUCCCAAAAAAGCGGUUACAUGGGAUCGUUUCGCUAGAGCGGGGGGGAACUUGUUUUUAUUUUAUCAAACAAAUUUAUUUUAAGUCCUAGAAGGCCAAGACGCCAUUAGUUGUUUAAGACGUUGCUUGCGAGUGUGCGAGAGGAGCGGAUCGCGACCAGCUUUCACGUGAUUGUCGCAUUAUCAUUAUCAGCAUCACGAUCAUCAUCAUUCACGUUACACGGAGGGAGAGAGAGAGAGUGCCGAAACAUUUGGGAGCAUUUUGUUACGUGGCGUGGCGUGGAUUUUUGUUUCCAGCUUUUUUGGACGAAAUUACGCUCGUAUGCACUGUUUCUUAGGAAUAUUAAGGCUAGCAGAGAACGAGAUCAAGCGAGAGAGAGAGAGAGAGAGAGAGAGAGAGAGCGAGCGAGAGGAGUGAUACAGUGAUAAGGAAGGAAAGCGGUAGUAUGAGAUGCAAUUGUGUAUGUGUGUGUAAUUGUAUGUGUGAGUAAAAUGUAAGUCGUUACCCGUAAGUGCUUCUCCGUUCAGUUCUGUAUAUAGGCUUCUAGUUCUAGCUGCUGGGACAUACCUUCUUCGCGGUUUAAGCUAAACGGCAAAAAGCUUCUAACUUGUCAGCAACAUUGUCCCCGCAAUGCCUGCUCUUUUGGUUUGUCUUACCAAACCGAAGAGCUUUCCCUAACCUUCCCCAAUCAGCACUCGAAAACCGCCGUCGAGAUGAAAUUGUGUAUUAAGUUUUGCUUGAGUUCUGUGUAUAUAGCGCCUGUAGUAAUAUAUAUAGGCUGGCAGCUGCCUCCCCUUUGGGGUUUCCGAACAAUUAAACCAGCCAGGAAGCAUAUUGCCAGCUUCGUCGACAUUAUCGUUUGUUCUUGUUCAAACCCCUUCGAAGCAGCCUCCCCAUUCAUAUCGUUUUAUCGUGCGCUAAGCAGUGCGCCAAAUGUGCGCAAACAAAUAGAACCAUUCGCUUUUGCAAAAAUGUGCAAAAAUAAUAUUGAAACAGCAAACAACAAUUGCCGGCAACAAUUAACAUUCCGUUCCGAUGGUUUUGCGGAAAAUGGAAGAGAGAGAGAGAGAGAGAGAAGGAAAAAGGAUGAAAUGAAAUAAGUUAGGAAAGUAGACGGUAAAGGUAAAGCUGCAUUUUAAAGAAAGAGAGAAAAAAAACGCAAAACGCAUGUUGUGAAAUGAAACAAAACGAAACACGAAGAAGAGUAAGUAAAACCGCCAGUCAGGGGACAGAAACGCAAAUGUGUAAUUCUAAAUGUAUACAAAGCAUAAAUAAUAUUAAAUACACUAUAACGUACACAAAAACACACAAACACACACUUGCGCCGUAUCGGAAUAGUAGGGCACUUUACAGCAAAAAAAAACAGGAAAGCCAAUUAAGACAAAGAUUUGUGCAAACUGAUUGGUUUUGUUUCGUUGUCAGCCUAUUUUGUCCCCCCCCCCCUCUCCCCUUAUUUUCAAAUGGCACUUUGCAACAUGCAUCUCUUUGAGCAAAGAGAAAUGGUUAUUUAUUGCGGUUAGCCUGAUACAACUACACUUAAGAUUCGAUUUAUGUUUUUUAUUAUUAUUUUUGUGUUUCAAUAAAGUGCAAAUUCAUUCAUCAACAAUAAAA